UACUUAAGUUGUGAUCAAUCUUCAUUUUAUAAGCCUCUUUUUCGUAUCUCAAUCUCCCUCUGACCCUCUGACCCUCUGGUCUGUUCCUUCACUCUGCUCUCAAUUCUAUCAUCUCAUCAGGUUCAGAUCAAGGCUUGGACAAAACCAUGGCUGAAAAGAAAGUCACAAUAAUGGUGAUCAAGGUUGACCUUGAAUGUGAAAAAUGCCACAAGAAAAUCAAGAAAGUACUGUGCAGAAUCCCUCAAAUUCAGAACCAGACAUAUGACAAGAAGGCAGGCACAGUGACCAUCACUGUGGUAUGUUGCAGUCCUGAAAAGAUCAAGGAAAAGAUAAUCUGUAAAGGAGGUGAAACUGUCAAGAGCAUUGAGAUCAAGGUUCCAGAGAAACCCAAAGCACCAGAGAAACCCAAAGCAGCACCAGAGAAACCCAAAGAACCGGAGAAGCCGAAAGAACCUGAGAAGCCUAAGCAACCAGAGAAGCCCAAAGAACCGGAGAAACCCAAAGAACCAGAGAAACCCAAAGAACCAGAGAAGCCCAAAGAACCGGAGAAACCCAAAGAACCGGAGAAACCCAAAGAACCAGAGAAACCCAAAGAACCGGAGAAGCCUAAAGUGCUUAUUGUUGAAACACCAAAACCCAAAGAACCCGCCCCAAACCCUGCUCCAAACCCUGCUCCAAACCCGGCACCACCACCACCUAAAGCUCCGGAACCAGUCCACCCAAGGACAUGUUGUGCUGAAUGCUACCAUGGGAUUAGUGGAGGCCCAUGUUAUCAUGACUAUGGUAGGCCAGCACCCCCGAGUUAUGAAGCUUAUGGAAGGCCAGUGUAUGAUAAUUGGGGUGGCGGCGGCGGCGGCGGCGGCGGCUGUGGUUGCCAAAGAAGCGGUUACUAUGUGUGCAGAUGUGAAUAUGUCUGUGAAGAUAAUCCCUCGUCAUGCACAAUCAUGUGAAAGCAUCUAGAAUGUCGAUAUUGCCUUAAGCCGAUUUCCACCAAAAAUCACUGGAUUUGGACAGUAGUAAGGUGUCGAUAUGAUCAAAUUAAACAAUAGCAUUGCUCAUGCUCAUGUCAUAACCUUGUCUAGCUAGUCAGUUUUGGCUGCAUAUUGGGUCUUCUUCCUUCGUUAUAGAGAUUUUAUGUGAUACAAUAAGGUUGGUGAUCAUGUGGGAACAAUAAUUUUAUUACAAGAGUUGUUAAGAUUUUUAAUAAAUUAAUAUAAGGGAGAUUUUAAAGCUUCCAUAA